AUGCGGCUCCCGCAAUUGCAUCGGAUCUUACAUUCUUCCUGACUCGGUGAUACACAAUGUUAAGGCAGACAUUGAUUUGUCCCACGAGAACGGUCUUUCUCAGAGCAUUGUACGAUCCAUACUGAUUCCCCAAUCCAUUUCACCUACUGUUGGUGUAAACGGACGACUCUUUGAAAUCAGCUACAAAAUACGAGCGCGAGCACAGGUACAAGACGACAAUUCAAUUGGAGCCGAGUACAACAUGUCUAUGGUCAACUUUCCUGCCGAUUUCCAAAUCCUCUCGUAUCUAACUGCUGAAAUACCCAUCGACAUCGGCACACUUCCUAUACCAGAGAAUCAUAUACCCCCGAUACCGCUAAAACCGCAGUUUGCCAGUUUUCUCGACACAUAUAGUGCAUCUAAUAGUACGACACCAGCAGCAAGCAAUAAUUCGGAAGAAGCAACGGCCGAGAAGACGCAUAUGCUAAAAAAGAUGCAAAGAAUGUUACGACGAUCGUCGGGCCCGGUGCCAAAGAAAGGGGAAUCGACAGAUCAACCAGGCGAGCAGUUGCCUAUGAACAAAAACGAGCUAUUGGCAUUGUUUGCAGACAACGCCAGCCUAAAGGGGAGGAGCAGCUUAAACAGUAGUAGUGAUGACAGUGCAAUCAGUCGAGCAUCUAUUCGAGGUGGUGGUGGUGUACACUCAUCCAUGUCGACGACAGAUUCUGUUGGCAGCGAAAUACUGACUCAGCUUCAAAAGGGAUUGCCACCUCCACCGCCAAGCUUGCCUCCUCCAAAACAACCCAACACUGACGCUUUCGCCACUUUACCAUCAUCGUUCCGACUCUCUCUUGGUCCCGAGUUUAGCGCAGCAGUAUUGAGCUCAGAGCUCGCAAAACAGCGACAACAACGGCAUGAGAAAAGCCCCACACCUUCAGCAUCAUCAUCUACAAGUCUCGAACAUUACAAAUCUACACCAAAAGCAUCAGUUGCCGAUAAUCUGCAUUUUCAUCACCUUCAUCGACGUCGAAUCAACAGUGACUCGAUCGUACUAGACAAACCUAGUAGUAGUAUGAAAGACCACAUCAGUAACAAUGAUCUACAGAAACAGCAACGACCGCAUCCCUUAACAUCAUCGAAUUCCGCCGCAGCCGUUGGAGGUGUACACUACUUUUACCCUUUUGACGAUUCAUCAUCUGACGAAGAAGUUGAAGAACAACAGCAGCAAAGUAAUAAUAGUAAUAGAUCAGCAGCAGUGGCAUUACAACAAAGAAGACGACGGAAAUCAAGCCGAAGAUGUCGUGCAACAACGACUGCAGCUGGCUAUGAAAAACCAAACAGUGUUUCGAACAACUUGGACGCAAGCGAGGCACAGGUCGAACGAUUGGAAGUACACUAUAACAAGAACAGUGACACUGCGUCAACUUCAUCGCCGUCGCGACCAUCGUAUCCAGUUACCCAUGUUGACAAACCUGACGAGCUGACAGCGAGUGACACAGACGCAUCAUCGAAUGAAGAGGAUCUUUUAGAUAUCCUGUCACGGCGCGAUCGGAGGAUAGCCAGCCGAAUGACCACACACCAACAACAAUAAAGUUUCUCAUAUUUGCCAAACAAAGUGCAACUUUUUUUUGUGGCGAUGGAGUGUGAGGGCGAGGCUCCAAAACACGCAACACAUACUGCAAACCACUGGAAGCCACGGAUGUUGAACUCGACCAUUCUGACGAGAGCGGCAUGAUUACUUUGUUGGCGGGAAGUGCGGAUGAAUUGACCGGGGCGUUGACCCGUGCUCAAGCAUUGCCGUGGCGAUAGUAAUCUGAAAAUGACGUAUUGAUCCAGCAAGAUGAAACA